AUGCAAGUCUUUGUCAAAACGCUCACAGGGAAGACGAUCACCUUGGACGUCGAGCAGUCGGACACCAUCGAAAAUGUCAAGGCCAAGAUCCAGGAGAAGGAGGGGAUCCCCCCAGAGCAGCAACGUCUCAUCUUCGCAGGGAAGCAAUUGGAGGAUGGUCGUACGUUAGCCGACUACAAUAUUCAGGUGUUUAAUUAA